UCGAUUAUCUGACAAUCUGACAUCAGUUUUUACAUACUCAAGCGAAUCAAAUAAAAUUAAACAAUAAAACACGCGUGCACAGUACGCUAUUAAAGAAUAUUAAGCCAUUUGUGUGACGGAAGCAAGGAUGACUUUGUCCGGUAAAUACCGUUUUUUAACAUUGUAUACAAUGUUAAUUGUCCUCUUGUCAGCAUGGACUCGUGCACAACAGCCGAGGCGUGAUGAUGAAUAUCCACCGCCGGCGAUUUUGAAAUUGGCAAAGCCUUUUCAUGACAUAUGUGUAGAGCAGACCGGUGUUAAAGAGGAGGCUAUUAAAAAAUUUAGUUAUUGAGAAAUUCAUGAAGAUGAAGCUUUGAAAUGUUACAUGAAUUGCUUAUUCCAUGAGUUUGAUGUGGUCGAUGACAAUGGUGACGUUCACCUUGAAACAUUGUUUAGUAAAAUUCCUGCAGCUUUACGUGAUUUAUUGAUGGAGGCGUCAAAGGGUUGCGUUCAUCCAGAAGGUGAUACACUUUGCCAUAAGGCCUGGUGGUUCCAUCAAUGCUGGAAGAAAGCAGAUCCUGUCCAUUACUUUUUGGUUUAAAAGAUCGAUCAUCUACUGCAAACAAAACCGGAAAAAUCCUUAUGACACAACCGACACA